UAAUACAGCACAGCACUAAUCUAUGUGGACUACACACAAAAAACUACAAAUUUUGCGUUCUUUUAAUUCAUCAGUCUUGAUUUCUUUCUGCUGCUGAUAAUUAAGUUUUUUGAUAAUGCCUGUUGAACUCAAAUUUUCUUACAGAAAAGAAGGUGAUGGAAUUAAUAGGUGGGUUUUCUGGACUAAUCGUAAUGGGGAGGAGCUGAACCAUAUUAAAUCUCUCUUCCAAUUUCUCAGAGAUUCUACUCACACUGAUACAAAUGGUGACAGUCAAAUAAACAGAUUGACAACCAAGAAUCUAGUCGAGCUUCUUGAUGUUCAAGGAACUUGUUUGAUUCAAUUUUGGGCACCUAUAAGGAUUAAUGGUGGCCAGACUUUUUUAACCACAGCAGACCAACCUUUUGCUCUUAAUGGCAAGAUUCACGAGGGUCUGUGGGCGUACAGGCGUGUAUGUCUCCAUACUAUAGCUUCAGUCGACACCACAGAUAUUACUGCAGCUAAACGCAUCCAUGUCCAUGGCCGUCCAGCACGCGUCUUCAGAAGUGGAAUGCCUGAAUUCAGCCCUCAUGUCAGAUACUAUUACAUGGGCGAAUACCCUUUGCGCAAUUUUGCAAUGUGUCUGGGAGUAGGUAGCUAUUGGACUGUGCCUGUGUUUGAGGGUUCAGGGGACCGUUGCAUUGGCGUACUCGAAUAUGCAUUCGACGCAAAUGAAGGUCUUGAUAUUUGCUCUAUCUUAGACCGUUUCAUCAACAAUCACAGAAUACUUAAGACAAUGGGUCUGGCUCUCAUUCCUUCAUGGUUAGCAUGCCCUCAAGAGAUACAAGAAGUAUCGGAGCAAGAACUCGCUAAAGUAAAGGAGGUUUUGGAAGUAACAUGUAAGACUCACAAGUUACUCUUUGCUCAAACUUGGAUUCCUGUGCUUGAUUCAAGUAGAACAGAAAUGUUGAUCACCUCGGCCCCAACAAAGUAUUGCAGUGAAGAGAUAACAUCUCUUGAAUUUUUGGCUGUUAGUGACCUACAUCAUGUACGGACUGGGCAAGGAUUGGUUGGAAAAGUGUUUUCAUCAAAGGGUUCAUGCUUUUGCAGAGAUAUAACUCAAUUAAGCAUAGAUUUUUACCCCUUAGUACCAAUUGCACGCUCUGCUAGAUUUACCGCCUGUUUUGCAAUUUUUGUGAGACUGAAGAAUGCAAGCCGCAUGGUACUAGAAUUCUUUUUACCUCGUGAUGAGACACUCGAUGGAAAUCCGCAAAGUUUCUUGAGCAAGCUAUUAGCCACAAUUGGAGAACAACUUCCAAGCUUUUCUCUAGAUUCAGGACCAAGCUUUUUUGUUGAGGUUAUCGGAACUGCUCUUGUUGAUGGGCUUGAUUUCUUUGAGAUAAGCCAACCACAACCAGUGAUUGAACCAAAGGGAAACAAAAAAGUGAUGCAUUUUGAUUCCUUGAAUCAAGAAUCCGCUGAUUUAGGAUCUUCGAGUUCAACUGAUAUAGCAGCUCAUUCCAUGGAAACUACAAAGGAUACUCCUGGUAUACAUGGUAUUGCUAUUUCUCAAAAGAUUUUGGAAUUAGAGAAUAAAGAAGAAUCUGUACUGCUAAAUUCAGCACACCAACAAGGAGUUGAGGAAGCUGAUGCGGUGGACAAAGAAAGGAAUUUUUUAAAUUUCAAGGAGAAUGAAGUUUCCUAUACUGAUUCAGACAUAUUUGCAACAUUUAUUGUUGAUCCAGAGCAAAAUUUGCAAAAAAACUUGUCUAUUAUUGAAGCUUCUCUUGAUGAAGAACUCGAGUACUUUGACAUAGGUCAGCAUCAACUUCCUUUGAUGGUAAAAUAUGACACCCUCAAUCAACUAUCUGAUAUUGAUCCUUUGAGUUCAUCUGAUUUUGAAGAAAUUAUAACUGUAGAUUAUGGAUGGGAUGCUCGAAUGAAUCUUCAGUCAAAGGACAAAGGAGAAACUACACAGCCAGAUUUAGCAUAUCAACAGAGAGGGGAGGCAGCUGAUGUAGCGGACAAACAAAGGCAUUCUCUGCAUGUCAAAGAGAGUACAAAUUCCCAUAAUUGCCCAGAGAAACAUAAAAGGAUAAAGAGGAUAGAAAAGGAGUAUGGUAUUAGUCGUAGCGUUCUAGAAGAACAAUUUGGAAAGAAACUUUCUGAUGCUGCAAAAGAUUUAGGAGUUGCUCGAACUACCUUGAAGCGCAUGUGUAGAGACAACGACAUUUACAGGUGGCCACGCUGUAAGUCUGCAACUGACGUAUGUUCUGUUUCUGAAAGCAAACCAGUAAAAGGAGUUGAAAAACAGUCAGUGAAUUCCAGUCAAGAAGACCUGCAGCCACAUGCUACAUUGACUGAUCAGAGGAAGAAACCUACGGCUGCAUUUCAGAGUGACAACGCCAUGAGCGUAAAGGUAACUUGCAAAGAUGUGACUGUAAAGUUUCCACUGUCUCUUUCAUCGGGGAAAAUCGAUUUAGAAGCAGAAAUCAAAAAGAGAUUGAGAAUUCCUAUAGGAAGUUGUUCUAUCAAGUAUGAAGAUGAAGACAAUGACUGGAUUGCAAUAACAUGUGAUUCAGAUUUAGAGUAUGGAAUACACACUUUAAGAUCAUUAGGAAGAACUACAAUGAAGAUGUUGGUUGAGCCCUUGAAUUAAUUUUACUGAUUAUGUACAUGUAUUAACCCUCCAUUUAUUGGUGUUCACCAUGAUCUUUCUUACAUCAGUUAAAAGCUUUGCUUGAGCAAAAUGAUUUUUAGUUUA